CGGCUGAAAUAAUAAUAUUUAUGUGGAUAUUCGUCCUCUCUAUACCUGCUUAUUUGCUCAUGUUUGGAUUAUUUGGAGAAUGAAAUGAAAUCGCUCAAUAUCGGAGCCUCUGAACUCCUAGUAGCGAUUUUUCUUAGUUGUUCCGUAUAUUUUGCCUUUUUCAAGCUUUCAUCCUCAAAAUGCAUGUAGUAUUGCUGACUCAUGGCUGGCCAGGUGGAAGCUGCCCUAGUCUCUAUGGCCACGAAAAUCGAAUUGGAACUCCGUCCAGCAGCUCCGACCGCCGGCAUUCCUCGUUAUUCAGGCGCCGAGAAAUCUGCUUCGACGGAAUUUCCACAGUCUGCUCGGACAGCCCCUCCCCUUGCGACGCCGUUUCUUCUACUUUGAAGGAUGGUGUUGAUGACUGUAUUUCUGCAAUUAAAACUAUUCCGAGGAGCGCCGUUUUGCCCACUCGUAGAAUGCUAUUAGCUAGUUUUCUUAUGCACUCGUUUUGUCAUCCUUCAAGGUACUUCUCAGCUUAUGCUUUGGGGGAUCCAUCUCUUAGGGUUGAACAAUUCACAAAACCUACUUUUCCUUCUACUUCUCUUUUCCCUUCUGAGGAAAGAAUUGUACAACUCUUUGAGGAGAAUACUUACUCCGUGGUCAACAUAUUUGAUGUAACACUGCGGCCCAGGAUUAAUGUUGGUGGUGCAGUUGAGAUUCCAGAAGGAAAUGGUUCUGGAGUUGUGUGGGAUGGUGAAGGGCAUAUUGUUACAAACUACCAUGUGAUUGGCAACUCGCUUUCAAGAAACCCAAAACGUGGGGAAGUAGUUGCACGGGUUACUAUACUUGCUCCAGAUGGGGUGCAAAAGACAUUUGAAGGUCAACUAGUUGGUGCCGAUCGUUCUAAAGAUCUUGCUGUCUUGAAGGUGGAGGCAUCUGAAGACCUGUUGAGGCCAACCAAGAUAGGGAAAUCAUCUUCUCUAAAAGUUGGUCAAGAAUGUUUAGCCAUUGGAAAUCCCUUUGGAUUUGAUCAUACACUCACUGUUGGGGUUAUUAGUGGACUAAACCGCGAUAUAUUCAGUCAAACAGGAGUUACAAUCAGUGGAGGAGUUCAAACUGAUGCUGCCAUCAAUCCUGGAAACAGUGGAGGACCUUUAUUGGAUUCCAAAGGAAAUUUAAUUGGAAUUAACACCGCAAUAUUCACUCGGACAGGAACAUCAGCAGGGGUUGGUUUUGCCAUUCCAUCUGCAACUGUAAUGAGAAUUGUGCCUCAGCUGAUCCAAUCUGGAAAAGUUACUCGAGCUGGUUUAAAUAUUGAAAUCGCUUCUGAUCCAACCGCAAAUCAACUCAAUGUUAGCAAUGGAGCUCUUGUUUUGCUGGUACCUGCAAACAGCCUUGCAGCCAAGGCUGGGAUUCUCCCUACCUCAAGGGGCAUUGCUGGCAAUAUUGUACUUGGGGAUAUCAUUGAAGCAGUUGACAACAAGCGUGUCAGAAGUAAAACUGAUUUGUAUAAAGCAUUGGAUGACCACAGUGUUGGGGAUAAUGUGAAGUUAAAGAUCCGAAGAGGGAAUGAAAACCUGGAGAUCACUGUAGUUUUAGAGGAAAAGGAAUGAUGAAUCUUUGUAGCUCCCAAUUUUAUGCCCAGCUCAUUCAGUUUACCUCACACCCCUUACCGAGUUCCCGUACUAUAUAUAUAUAUAUAUAUAUAUAUAUAUAUAUAUAUAGGGGUUAGUUACUGUGAGAAAACCCUGUUAGGAGAGGAAAAAAGAUUCAAAUCCAACCAUUGACUAACCUUUAAUGAUUGUAAUCCGAUGGUCUAGAAAUAUUUAAAAAGGGAGAAAAUAGUGCAUUAUUUUUGGAUGAUAUGAGUAGUAUAUAAGGUAACGUGCAUUUUAACAUUUACUAAAGGGC